AUGUCACAAUCUGUCAAAGUCGUCUUCGGUGGAUACACUUUACCAUCUAUUCCAGAAACUGAUAUUGAAGAAGUUUUGGCCGCCUUGAAAACCCAUGGGGUACACGAUAUCGAUACUGCCAGGAUUUAUCCUGGAAGUGAAGAGUGGAUUGGAAAAUUCAAAUUGCCCAAUGAGUUUGUAAUUGACACCAAGGCAGUAGGGUUCUCGAAAGGGUGUUUGAGCAAGGAAAGCAUAUUCAAGUCCAUCGAUGAAUCCUUUCACCUUUUAGGGGUUGCGAGUGUGAACAUCUUUUAUUUGCAUUCCCCAGAUACAGAAACCCCCCUGGAAGAAACUGUAGAUGCAAUUGACGCUUUGUACAAACAGGGAAAGUUCAAGAAGUUUGGGGUUUCCAAUUUUACUCCCGAAGAUGUCAAGAAAAUACACGCAUACUGUGUGAGUAAGAAUUACGUGAAGCCCACUGUUUAUCAAGGCAACUACAAUGCAGUUGCUAGAACAAUCGAAACGACAUUGUUCCCAGUUCUCCGCGAGCUCGGCAUGUCGCUCUACGCAUACUCUCCAAUUGCAGGCGGGUUUCUAGCUAAAACUCCCGAGGAAGUCAAAGAGGGAGCCGGAAGAUUUGACCAAAGUACCUUUAUCGGACAGAUGUAUUCGUCUCUGUACAAUCGUCCUUCAAUAAUGGAAGCGUUAGAACAAUGGGGUAAAAUUGCCUCAAAGGCAGGGAUAUCAAACGCAGAUUUGGCGUACAGGUGGAUAACGCACCAUUCUGCUCUGAAGAAAGAGUUAGGAGAUGCUGUAAUUAUAGGCGGACGGAGCAAGAAAACCAUUAUUCAAACGCUAGACGGUAUACACGAUGGCCCUCUAGAUACUGAAAGUGUGGCCGAGAUCGAGAAAAUUUGGGAACUUGUCAAAGAUGAAGCACCACUGAACAAUUAUACUUCUUGA